AUGGCUACUGCUACCCCCACCGAAGCCCAGAUCCAGCACCAGCAGCUCAUCGAGCAGCUCGAUAUUCACUCGAUCCACAAGACCUUUAGAAACCCCCAUUGGAAACCAAACCAGCGCCGAAACAAGAACCUCAAGGCCAUUGUAGGCGAUGCCUCUAGAAGAGAAGCGUCCGCACUGGCGACACCUCAGGAGGGAAGUGGAAAUGCGACGCCCGCAAGAGAAGAUGGCUUGUCCACAAGCGGAACCUCAACGCCUGCCACCACCAACGGCCGAGACCAAGCGCCGAAUCUCGCUCAAGCAUCGCGGAGUCUUUCAAAGCUGGUCCUCGAGAAGAGUUUGAAGCCAGCAGGGGCCAUAGCUUCUGCACCGACGGCAACAUAUACCAAUAUCGAAUCAGCGCCAUCACUGGCUCACUCCAAGCACUACUGCGACGUCACGGGCUUGCCUGCGCCAUAUCUCGACCCCAAGACCCGAAUGAGAUACCACAACAGAGAGGUCUUCGCUUUGAUUCGGUCCCUGCCGCAGACUUCUGCUGAACAGUUUCUCGAGGCUCGUGGCGCACAUACCGUACUGAAGUGA